AUGGCGUGCAGUGCAGGGGUCCUCUCCGGAGGAGGCAUCGCGUCAUUGCUUGCCGACAGGCCGGGGCGGUCGCGAGUACGGAGUACGAGUACGUCGUCGUUGGUUGCAGGCAUCGAUCGCGUCCGUCGGUCGUCGGAGAACACAGCCUCUGGCGACGCUGGGUCCGCGAGGACGAUCAGCGAGUCGUCGUCCCACGUCGUUGGGGGUCCCGGCCGAUUGAUCCUCGGACAUGAACCGCUGCUGGUGGUGGGAGGUUUUGAGCAUGUCGCAGCACGGCAGAAGUUUUACAAGUGCCUGAUUCUGAGCAAUUUUGGCUUCUCAAGUGUACUGCGAAUUGACCCGCCGAAUCGGCAUGAAGUUAUCGCUGUAACGGUAUACGGAGGACCUGAAAGACCACCAGUUAAGCUCAUGGAUUUGGAUUAA